AUGAGCUACGCUAACAAUUACUUUCGUCAAAUUUCAAGUGCCAAACAACCAAGCAAUUAUGAAUCGAGUACAGAAUGGGAGGGUAACGCACCAGCUCAAACCAGAAAUGCUGUUAACACGCCUGGAAAUCUUGGAAGUGGCACGACAACUAAUUCGACUACUUCUUACUCUUCUUCAUCCGGGUUAAACUCCCGAAAUACGGCAAGUAGUCGUAACACAAAUAAUAGUUAUCCAUCUAUCCUGUCGGCAGAACAUAGUGAUGUUACUAAUAUUAGUAGAAAUUCAAAUUUACACAGCAGCGGUAUUUCUAGCUCGGGAAUGAGUAAUGAUAAAGACACUAGUUUACAUUAUUCCCAAACUGAAAAUAAUAGCGGAAGUGUUUCUAGCAAUUCUGGUAACGUGAAAAGUGACUAUAAUGACAAAAGUGUCUCGGGUUAUGGAUCUACAGUAUAUACACAGGAUGCAAUUUCUGCGACUUCUGAGGAAAAAGACUAUCAAUUUUCUGAAUCAGAAGCGUAUACACCCUCUUAUGGAUUUCAGACACCAUACUUUGAUACUCGCAACGCACAGUCUGCAAUGAAUGCUGACGGUACUCCAAUUUUUGUUUCUACCAAAGGAUUUAAUGCACAGGACAAACCUGAGUAUGGAAUUAAUUGGAAUGAAUGGAGUUAUCCUGCAUGGCACAAUGUCACUGGCCCCAGAGGUCCGGUUUCUAUAGACCGUAUUGCUGAAAUUUUUGGUUGUUUUCGACAGAAAUUUGGCUUUCAAAAAGAUAAUAUGUUCAAUAUGUUUGACCAUUUAAUGACUCAAUUAGAUUCUCGAGCAUCUAGAAUGGGUUGUGACUUGUCUCUAAUCACUUUACAUGCUGAUUAUAUUGGUGGAAUAAAUGCUAACUAUCGUCGUUGGUAUUUAGCUAGUCAAAUGGAUAUGCACGAUGAGGUCGGUUGGGAUAAUAUAGACCAAUAUGGGCGUGUCAGUGAACAGAAGAAGCAGAAAAUCAUCGAAAAUUUACUUGAAAAUCAGAAACAAAACAAAGAAUCUAAAAACAACGAUGAUUCAUCUAUUAAUUAUUUGAAAAAACAUAAAACACCAACUCUUGACGAUAAUUUAGACUUUGGUCUUGCAAACGCAGAGUAUCGCUGGAAACAACGUAUGCUUCGUCUCACAAAUGAUGAGCGUAUUUCUCAAAUUGUUUUAUAUCUUCUUUGCUGGGGAGAAGCAAACCAAGUUAGAUUCAUGCCUGAAUGUUUGUGCUUUAUUUAUAAAAGUUGUUGGGACUAUUGGAAAUAUGGGUCUAAUAAUCAAGAUUUAGAAGAUGCCAAAGAAGGGCAUUUCUUAGACGCUGUUAUCACACCUUUAUAUCGUUUUUGUCGUGACCAAGUAUAUGAGCGUGUUGACGAUGGAGGAUUUGUUCAUAAAGAACGGGACCAUCACAAGAUCAUUGGCUACGAUGACAUGAAUCAGCUUUUUUGGUAUAGAGAAGGACUUCUUCGUCUUCAGACACCUGAAAAACGCCGGCUGAUGGAUAUUCCUAAAGAAGAGCGUUACCAUGCAUUAAAAGGGAUUCAAUGGAAUAAAGCAUUUUACAAAACGUAUACCGAAAACAGGACCUGGUGGCAUAUUUGCGUCAAUUUUCAUCGUAUUUGGAUUAUUCAUCUAUCUGUAUUUUGGUUUUACACAGCAUUUAAUUCACCGACACUUUAUACUGAAGGCUACGAAUACAUGAUAAACAAUCAACCCCCUGCUCAUAUUCGUUGGUCCAUUGUUGCAUUAGGUGGUGCUAUUGGACCGUUGAUAAAUAUUUUUGCUAUUAUUGGUGAACUAAAAUUUGUCCCUCGAAAAUAUUCUGGGUCUCGUCCAAUCGCUUCUCGAAUUUUAUUUUUAUUAGCAUGUUUAUGCCUCUUAGUGGCGCCCACGGUGUACAAUUUCUUUUUUACUUCCAGAGAAGAUGAAGAUGACGUUGGUCUCGUCUUUGCCGCCAUUCAGAUGACUUGUGCUAUUAUAUCUACAUUGUUUUUUUCAUUUAUUCCUUUAUCAUAUAUGUUUGGGGAAUAUACUACUCAUUCUGGAACUGAGAGGAGGUCUUUUUACCUUGGAAGCUCAAUUUGGACACCUUGGAAAAAUAUCUAUUCUCGCCUGCCUAAACGUAUUUAUGAAAAAAUACUUUACGUUCAUGAACGAAGUUCUUUUAAAUAUAAACCUAAGCAUUAUGUGGCCCAAGUCUGGAAUUCGAUUAUUGCUGGAAUGUAUUCGGAACACCUUUUGCCUGCUGAAUCUGUUCAUUUACUUUUAUAUCGUAAUGAAGUCUCGGAUAAUGGCGAACAAUCCUUAAAUGAACCUCGGUUUUUCGUUUCCCGCGAAGAAAAUUCUAGUCGUACGCCUUAUUUUGAGCCUCAAACCGAAGCAGAAAGAAGAAUAUCAUUUUUUGCGCAAUCGCUUUGUACCCCGAUUGGUAAGGCCUGUCCUGUUGACGCUAUGCCAACUUUUACUGUUUUGAUUCCUCAUUAUGGAGAAAAAAUAAUGUUGACUCUACGUGAAAUUAUACGUGAAGAUAAUCCAUUCACGAAAGUUACUUUGCUAGAAUAUUUAAAACAACUGCAACCAUCUGAAUGGGAACAUUUUGUUCGUGAUAGUAAAGGAAUCGCCAAACAUCGCAACGAUAUUGGUGGCACUGUUUGCAGUCGAUCAAGAAGCGCUCAAAGUACCGAUACCACUACCGCAGAUGAAGAGGAUGAUGGUCCCGAGUCUAAAUACAGUGAUGUUCCCUUUUAUUGUGUUGGUUUUAAGCAAUGUACACCUGAGUUCACUCUUCGUACCCGCAUUUGGGCUUCUCUUCGAACACAAACUUUGUAUCGUACUAUAUCUGGUUUUAUGAAUUAUUCCCGUGCAAUAAGAUUAUUGUACAGCGUUGAACAAUUUAGCGGCCUCCCUGAAAAUGUAAAUCAGGACAAAUCUAUUGACUUUGAACUUGACUUGCAAGCCAGAAGAAAAUUCCAUUUGAUUGCAGCAGUACAACGACUUUCUAAAUUUAACGAUGAGGAAAAUCACGCAAAAGAAUUAUUACUUCAUGCUUAUCCAGAUAUGAAGAUUGCUUACCUUAUUGAAGAACCUUCCCCUAUUCCAGGUGAAGAACCGAUUUUUUAUUCAGCUCUUAUUGAUGGUUCUUGUCAGGUCCUCCAAGAUGGGUCACGAAAACCUCGUUACAAGAUAAGACUUUCAGGAAACCCUAUACUUGGUGAUGGUAAAAGUGACAACCAAAAUCAUGCGAUCAUAUUUUAUCGAGGCGAAUACAUACAACUUGUUGAUGCAAAUCAAGAUCAUUACCUUGAAGAGUGUAUUAAAAUAAGAAGUGUUUUAGCAGAAUUUGAAGAAAUGAAAGCUCCUAAGCAUCCUUAUGGUCAACCAAGUGGACCUCCAAGGGAUACAGGCUCUCGACCCAGGCCUAGCCCUCGCGCACCUGUUGCAAUUAUUGGGGCUCGUGAAUAUAUAUUUUCAGAAAAUAUAGGCGUUUUAGGAGACGUUGCGGCUGGCAAGGAGCAAACUUUCGGUACCCUUUUUGCUCGAACGUUGGCUAAGAUUGGAGGAAAACUCCAUUAUGGACACCCCGACUUUUUAAAUGGUAUUUUUAUGACAACUAGAGGUGGUGUAUCCAAAGCCCAGAAAGGUCUUCAUUUAAAUGAAGAUAUUUACGCUGGAAUGAAUGCAGUUAUGCGCGGCGGGCAAAUCAAACAUUGCGAAUAUAUGCAAUGUGGAAAAGGUCGAGACAUGGGCUUUGGAUCUAUUCUUAAUUUUACCACAAAGAUCGGUGCUGGAAUGGGAGAACAAAUGCUUUCUCGAGAGUAUUUUUAUCUUGGAACUCAUUUAACAUUGGACAGGUUUUUGUCUUUUUACUAUGCUCAUCCUGGUUUCCACAUUAACAAUAUGUUUAUCAGCAUCUCGUUAUCUUUAUUUUUAUAUGUUUGUAUUAACAUGUCUGUGCUGGUGCGUGAUUCUACGAUUUGUGAGUACGAUCGUCACGCCCCUAUAACAAAUUUACAUCAUCCAUUGGGCUGUAAUAAUCUCAUCCCAGUAAUUGAAUGGCUUGAAAGAUGUGUAUUGUCAAUAUUUGUCGUUUUCUUUAUUUCAUUUUUUCCGUUAUUUGUUCAGGAAAUGACUGAACGAGGUAUUUGGCGAUCUUUGACACGUUUAAGUCGUCACUUUGCUUCAUUAUCCCCUUUGUUUGAAAUUUUUGUUUGUCAAAUCUACGCUCAGUCACUAGUUCAUGAUCUCGCUGUUGGGGGUGCAAAAUAUAUAUCAACAGGAAGAGGAUUCGCCACUACAAGAAUAUCAUUUUCACUUCUUUAUACUCGUUUUGCUCAGCAAUCAAUUUAUUUUGGUGCCUUUUCACUUAUGGUUCUUUUGUUUACAAGCUUUACAAUGUGGCGAAUUUGUCUAUUGUGGUUUUGGCUCACUUCGGUUGCACUUACUUUUGCUCCUUAUAUAUAUAACCCUCAUCAAUUUUCUUUCUAUGAGUUUUUCUUGGACUAUCGAGAACUUAUUCAUUGGUUUUUUAGGGGAAAUACAAAAUGGCAUAAAUCCUCUUGGGUCGGAUACACAAGACGUCUUCGUACAAGUCUUACUGGGUUUAAAAAGCUUCCUUCCAUUGGAGAAGCUUCUGAGGCUGAUGCAAAAGAUGUUAAGAGGCCUUUAUUUUUUAACUUGUUAAUAUCUAAAGUCAUAGGCCCUUUAAUGGCCAUGGUUUUCACUGUGAUUCCCUACUUAUUUUCAAAUUCUCAAAAUGAUAUUAGAGGGGUUCGCCCAACCAACUCUUUGUUAAGAUUAGGGUUUCUUGCGGGGAUCUCUGUUCAAAUAUUUGUCUUUAAGCUUUUGACAGUUUUGUUUCUUUCAAGAGAGUUUAAACAUGACCAUAGUAACAGAGUUUGGUGGUCAGGAAAAUGGCUAAAAGCUGAUCUAGGAUGGCACAUUAUUACCCAACCUUUGAGAGAAUUAUUGUGCAAAAUUAUGGAAAUGUCACAUUUUACUAUGGACUUUACGCUUUGUCAUUUUAUUUUGUUUUUGCAAAUACCCAUCAUUAUUAUUCCCUACAUUGAUAGAUGGCACACUCUCAUGCUUUUUUGGCUUCUCCCUAGCAGACAAAUUCGUCGUCCUCUUUUUUCUUCUCAACAAAAGGUCAUUAGAUCUCGUAUUGUCACCCGACUGGAAAAUACUAAAAAGUCUAGCUUUACAAAGAUUCAAUUACGCUCUUUCCAUUUUUCAAAUCACAAACUAAAAAAUCCAUACUAUUUCUAUGAUCUGGCUGCAAAGCAACCUCGUCAGUCAUUCGAUCCUUCUCUUACCUCAUUUAACAAUGAGCAUUUAUCAAAUGUAGAACGUGCCAUGCUUGUUUUCGGUGUAAAGGGGUCUCGUGAUGCUUCUCGUCAGGAUUCCUUAAAAUAUGCCCGAUCUGUGGCUGGUGUUAAAGUGCCGGGACGUCCAGAAGAGCCUACCAACUGUUGUAUGUCUGGAUGCAUUGAUUGUGUGUGGGAAAUGUAUAAAGAAGAUAUAAAAGAUUGGAAAUCCAAAAAAAAAGAGGCCCGAGCUGCUUUAAUGGCAAGACCAGAUAUAAAAUGGCCAGAAGAACUUCUUGGUCCGGAACCAAAGAAUCGAACAACAGAACAAAAAGAAACCAAACAAGAUACUACAGUCACUCCUUUCCCAAGUGAUUCUUGCGUUGAUGAUGGAUUUGAAAGUUUUGAUGAUGAUUAUGAGGAUGAUCUUAAUGUCAGUAUAAAACAGUUUUUGAAAGUUGAAGAACUUAUUCGUAAAAAAAAAAGAGCUGCAAAAAUUGCUGCUAAUUCUACAACAGUCAAGCCCUCUCAAAAUAUAAGUCUGUAA